CUCGCACACCUACAUACAUGUGUGCGAGCAUGGCAUGCAUGUGCACGCACACGCCGCGUAUAUAUAGGUACGCGAUGAUGUCUUGUGCCUCUGCUGCCUGCCAGUAUAUAUAGCUUAUACUUAUAAUACGUCUAUAUACAUGUUCUUCAUUCUCUCUCUCUCUCUCUCUUUCUGGCCGUCUUUGAACGAGAGACUUCGUUCUCUCUCUCUUCGUACUUUUCGUCGAACGUCGUGCGCGCUGCUGCUUCGCUAUAACACAUACAUUAUACAUGCCUUCCUUUCCUUUUUUUUUUUUUUCUUCUAUUUUCGUCCUUUUUUUCUCUCUCUCCGUCUUCUCUGUGUCGAUCGGCACACGCUGUCGCUACUAGCUGCGCCGAUGCUUCUGUGUAUGUGUCUAGGAUAUUAUUUUCCGCUCGAACUGUUCUGCUUCAGUCUGUCUCGAGGGGUAUACAUAUGAGCGCUAGUUCAAAGGAGGUAUCAAGCUAGAUGCCUUACUCACUACUGUUACCACUUCACAGCCUAGGCUCAAGAUCGUAGCCCUAGGUCAAUCAAGUCGAGUGGAGGAUCUCCCCUCGACCCGCCGCACAGCAGCUCUCAUCUUGCUCUGAACCACCGACCAGAUCAGCACAACCACAGAAGAAUCCAAUCAUGAGGGAGUUCAAGGUCGUCGUCUUGGGCUCUGGCGGCGUGGGCAAGUCAGCCCUGACGGUCCAGUUCGUCUCGGGCUGCUUCAUGGAAAAGUACGAUCCCACGAUCGAGGACUUCUAUCGCAAGGAGAUCGAGGUGGACAACUCGCCGUGCGUCCUGGAGAUACUCGACACGGCGGGCACGGAGCAGUUCGCCAGCAUGCGAGACCUGUACAUAAAGAACGGCCAGGGCUUCGUCGUGGUCUACAGCCUGACGAAUCACCAGACCUUCCAGGACAUCAAGGCCAUGAAGGAGCUGAUCACGCGCGUCAAGGGCACGGAGCGCGUGCCGGUGCUGCUCGUGGCGAACAAGCUCGAUCUCGAGCACCAGCGCGAGGUGGACACGACCGAGGGCAACGCCCUCGCCCAGCUCUGGGGCUGCCCGUUCGUCGAGGCCUCGGCGAAGAACCGCACGAACGUCAACGAGGUGUUCGCCGAGAUCGUGCGCGAGAUGAACUUCAGCCCCGAGAAGGAGAAGAAGAGCUACUGUUGCUGCAGCGUACUCUAAUACUUAAGGAAGCCGCCGCCGGUGGAGCGUGACUAUCCCAUGUCGUGAAGAAGAUCGUCCUCGAGAGAAUGAAGAUGAUACGGACGCGGAGGCCGUAUACACACUGAGACACCACGCCGUGGGAUCGUGAUGAUGAUGAUGAUGAAUCGAAUCGAAUCGAACGUGUGUGUGCGUGCGUGCGUGUGUUUGUUGUGCGUGGCUUUUUCAACAAAACGAAGAAGAAGAAGAAAAACUAGUGCGAAUGUGUGUUACAGAAAUACAGAAAAAAAAAGGAACAAAAACAUUAAACAGUGCUCUCACCGCGCCGGCGCGCCUCUUUUAAUAGUAUUUGUAAAUCGAAACAGAAAGCAACAAAAAAAAAAACAAACAAACAAACAGCAACAAAACGCAGGUGUAAUUAUAUAUAUUAUACAGUUGGAAAG